UCCUGCCUCCCUUGGCGGCGAGGCGUGCCGUUUCUGUUCUUCAUUUCUGGGAAGCCAUGGACAAGAAGCAAGAUUCCAAGGGAUCCUUGGAGCCGCACAAACCAGCAAAGAGCAAGAAGAAACGGGAACUGAGGAUACCAUGUUUCACCAUCAAGCAGCCUGUUGCCAACACAACACCCCCAAGGAAUUUGGACUCCAGAACAUUCAUUACCAUUGGAGAUAAAAACUUUGAGGUGGAGGCUGAUGACCUGGUGACUAUUUCGGAGCUGGGCCGCGGGGCCUACGGCGUGGUGGAGAAGGUCCGGCAUGCCCAGAGCGGCACCAUCAUGGCCGUGAAGAGGAUUCGAGCGACAGUGAACACCCAGGAGCAGAAGAGGUUGUUGAUGGACUUGGACAUCUCCAUGAGGACAGUUGACUGCUUCUACACUGUCACGUUUUACGGAGCCCUCUUCCGAGAGGGCGAUGUGUGGAUCUGCAUGGAGCUCAUGGACACCUCCUUAGAUAAAUUCUAUAAGAAAGUGCUAGAGAAGAAGAAAACCAUCCCUGAAGACAUCUUGGGGAAAAUGGCCGUGUCCAUUGUGCGAGCGCUGGAGCAUCUGCACAGUAAAUUGUCUGUGAUCCACAGAGAUGUGAAACCUUCCAAUGUGCUAAUCAACAAGGAGGGACAUGUGAAAAUGUGUGACUUUGGAAUCAGUGGCUAUUUGGUGGACUCUGUGGCAAAGACCAUGGAUGCUGGCUGCAAACCAUACAUGGCUGUAAGUGUGUUUGUGUGGGAUCUAACUUGACAUCCUUCAGCUGCCUUCAGCCUUGGCUUGAAGAGGCUGUCGCUUAGAAAUCAGUCCUGUUUCUCCUCUGUACUGAGAUAGAAACCACAG